AUGGCUGCUUGUAUGAGAUUCACUCGUAGAGUUUGGAAGUCAUUCCUGGAUAACGGAGGACACGAUGCGACGUGCUUCCCGAAUCUGAACCUGCUCUCCGCAAAGCCUGGCCGCGUCGAGGCUUCCCUCAAAAUCGAACCUUAUAACGUCAACCGUGUUGGGACCGUGCACGGCGGACUUAUACUUUCCUUAACUGAUACGAUGGGCUCACUUGCCGUCGGCUCGAAGGGCCAGUACAUGACGGGCGUCUCUACGGACAUCUCUGCGUCAUUCGUCAAACCCGCAGGGAAACCAGGUGACGUUCUAAAGAUGGUGGCGAUUGUUACUGGCAUCGGCAGGUCCCUUGCGUAUACCCGGGUGGACUUCUAUAACGCGAAGGGUGACCUAGCCGCCUACGGAACUCAUACGAAGUACGUGGGCAAGUCUGCCGGACACGAGCACGAUAUCAAGCUUUCGGAGGACGGUGAGACUGUACUGGAGGGCAAGGAUGUAGAUUAG